AUGUGGAGCCCAACGGCGGAGGUGCCGCUGCCGUCAAAUCAGGGGCAUUGGACACAACACGGGCACACCAACCAGUCGCAAAGCUGCGAUCGCACCAACUACUCCCCUUACAAAGAAUUCAGCCACAUCCUCGAGGCGUCGCACAUCACGUUCGCAGGAAAAAAUGCCGUUACACAGUGCACAUCCUUAAGCGAUCACCCUUCGCCCGUUGUUGAUGAUGUCACGCAGGGUCUGCUAACACCUAGACAAGGUUGCUCGCGUUGUGCACAGAUUAAUGGCAUCCGUGAGUCUCUUAAAGGCGUAGAGGCAUCGUACCUGGAGGAGAUCGCGCACCUGAAACGCCUCAUCGCACAGGUUGACGCGGAGCGCGUUGAUGCCGCCAACCGAGCGGAGAGAGCGCUUCAGGCGUUUGAUCGCAGCAGGCAGCAUAACCUGACCAAGGACCGUGAGAUACAGGAGCUUGUGGGCCAGCUACGACAAACCGAAGAUAAACUGCAGCGUUCUGAGUAUGAGUUGGCUUCGCUACGCCACCGUUACGCGAAUGAUAUUGCGUUCUAUCACCAACGUGAGUCAUUCUUUUUUACGGAGACUGAGAGGUGCGGUAGGGUGGCGUUGACAUCCAUGGAGUCUGGUUGGCGCACCGCACUUCAGGCCAAGUACGUGAGCAUCGUGGAAAUGGGCCGGAGGGAGCAGCACCGAUCGUUUGUUUCUCAUUGCGAGCUGCCGGACUCUCCUCGCGGGAGUGUCGGGCUCCUUUCAACAUGCUGCGGUCUUUCGCCGAGCCCGAUGCAUCAACGCUCCCCCUCCAUCACGCGCCGUAUCGAGCCGCGCACCAGUGAAGAAGGAGGGAAUGCAAUGUCUACCUUAAAGGGUGGGCUCUUGACGGAGCUGCGGCAGUCCAAGAAGGUUGUAGACGAGCUCAAUGAAAAACUGAAGCUUGAGUUGGGGGCCAAGGAGGAGCAAAUCAAAUCGCUGCAGCAGCAGCUCGACAUCCGAGAUGAGGGUUUCCUGCAGCUCUCACGAGAGCACGCAACUGAUGCGGAAUUGGCAGGGGAAAUGCAGGAAGAGAUUGACGACAUGCUUCGGACCGAGGUUUGGCUAACGCAGAGCUGCGAGCGCCAUCGUCUUGAGGUAGAGGCACUGGAGGAACGAAACCAUGUGUUGCAGUGGCUACUUCGACACCAUCUCGCUUCUCUACCGAAGAAGUGUCUCAAUCCACACGAAGGAACACCAGAGAAACAGAAUCUUGCUCCACUUCAGUGGACACAGGGGACCUUCUCGCCCCUCGUCUGUAAUCAAGGCAACCGAAUGGGGCCGUUAAUGAGUCGCAACACGGAUGAGGAGUCUAAUGAGGGCCUCCGCGCCGUUGUUUCCCAGGCUGUGACAGAGACUCUGCAGAAGGUGCUGCAGGCUCAGCUGCUUCCGUUGAAGCUUUCUGUGGAGUCCAUUCGCACAAGGUCAGACGAGCUGCAUGCCAGCAUGAAGAAGGCUGUAGAGGUGAUGCAUCAUGGCACGGAGCCCCCCUUGACAAUUGCUGAUGAAAUGAAAAAUGAGCAUACAAACUUCCUCAGCGAUACUAGGCAGAUGUUGAGGGAGUUGAUCGCUUCAAUGGAUCCUGCAAAGGCGGGUGAUGUCGCCACACUCCGCGGCGCACUCCAGAAGGUGGCACGGCUAACUUCCCACAAUUCAAAGAUCAUGGAUGAUAAACUAAACGAUAUCCUCGCUUGCCAGUCGGCGGUCGCCACGCAGCUGGCGAUGGCGGCGGUUCCACACAUUGAGGAAGAACUCCACGACGCCCCGCCUCUGGAGAUCUCCGCCGCUGUGUCUCCGUGCAAGAGGGAGGGGGAUAUCUCUUCUACUGCUGCUGCUGCUUCUGCAGGUAGCGGCAAGGCCUCUUGUGAAUCAAAGCAAGUGCGGUUUGAACUCGCAGAGGAUGAUGCGCAGUCAAAAGGAAGAGGUGUUAGUGGGGCAUCAUUCAGUGGCUCGACGCUGCCAUCGCAUGUGUGGGAUGUAGUAGAGUCAGACGAUGAGUCGAUUCCUCCGCCCCCCACUGCAGCUGUUACGCGGAGGACACCUUAUGACAUUGAUGAAGUGUGA